AGUAAGCAUGCUCUCUACAUUGGUUGCUCCAUUCAAGUAUUUAAGUCCUGUAGCAUCAACCUUGAGAGAUGAAGAUAAUUUAAGUACAAGCAGUGCUGAAGUGAAAGAGAAUCGAAAUGUAGGGAACCUGGAAGACUGUCCCAUAACACCUGGUGAUCAACAGUUGUUCCAUUACUCAGAUCGGGCCAGAGGAGACUCAUCCAAUCUGAAAAGAAAAAGGCCACUGGAGGAAGGAAACAAUGCACACUUCUGCAAAUUUCAACUUGUCUGCAAGAAGCUUUCCUGGUCUGUGACACCAAAGAAUGCCCUGGUCCAGCUAAAUGAACUUAAGCCUGGUUUACAGUACAAAAUGGUCUCUCAGACUGGCCCAGUACAUGCCCCUCUCUUUACUGUUGCUGUUGAGGUAAACGGGCUGACAUUUGAAGGAACAGGACCCAAUAAAAAGAAAGCAAAAAUGAGGGCAGCUGAACUAGCUUUAAAAUCUUUUGUUCAAUUUCCAAAUGCAUCUCAGGCCCAUUUUGCUAUGGGACAUUUUAUUAACCCUGCCACAGACUUCACAUCAGACCAGGCAGACAUCCCAGAUACCUUAUUCAAAGAGUUUGAACCAUCUUCACACACAGAUGACUUUUCAGACUACAGGCCAGUUAAUAAUGAGUUGCUUUCUAGUGCAUAUCGACAUGGUAGGUUACUGUGCCACAAGCUGGAUUUAAUGGUUCAUGCUAAACAAAACAAGCACAAGGCAGUGUCCCCAGCAGCCAGUGAAAAGAAUCCAGUGGUGCUGCUAAAUAAGCUACGACCAGGGUUAAGGUACAUCUGCCAUUCAGAGACUGUAGAAAAGCAGCACAUCAGGCACUUUAUCAUGGCACUGCGAGUUGAUGGGAAAACAUUUGAAGGCUCAGGACGCAGCAAGAAGCUGGCAAAGUGCCAAGCAGCAGAAGCUGCACUUCAGACUCUGUUUAACAUCAGACCGACUCCUGAAUGGAAGGCCAGUCGAAUGCUCAGCAGGAAUAAAUGUAACCAUUUACCACAGGAAUUUGCUGACUGUGUAUUCCAUCUAGUAACAGAGAAGUUUCGUGAGUUAACGGGCAAUUUUACCUCUUCGCAUGCGCGUUACAAAGGCCUUGCAGGAAUUGUGAUGACCAAAGACUUUGACAUUAGACAAGCUCAGGUUAUUACAAUAUCGACUGGCACCAAAUGUAUAAAUGGGGAGUACCUCAGUGACCAGGGACUUGUAUUAAAUGACUGUCAUGCCGAGAUUAUUGCACGGAGAGCACUUGUUAGAUACCUUUACUCACAGCUGGAGCUACAUUUAAGUAAACGAAGAGAGGACUGGGAUCGAUCGAUUUUUGUUCGAAUAAAAGAUGGAGGAUACAAACUGAAGGAAAAUGUUCAGUUUCACCUGUACAUAAACACCUCACCAUGUGGAGAUGCACGACUCAAUUCACCAUAUGAAAUCACAGCUGACUUGCAAAACAGAAAACACAUAGUCAGGAAGUUUCAUGGGCAUCUGCGCACAAAAAUAGAAUCUGGAGAGGGUACAGUUCCCAUUCCUUCGCUCACCAAAAUGCAAACAUGGGAUGGAGUCUUACAAGGAGAACAACUGAUCACAAUGUCAUGUACAGAUAAAAUGGCAAGGUGGAAUAUUCUUGGACUACAGGGUGCCCUUCUCAGCCAUUUCAUUGAGCCUGUCUACCUUCACAGUAUAAUAGUAGGAAGCCUUCAUCACACCGGUCAUCUGUCACGGAUAAUGAGCCAUCGAGUAGAAAACAUUGGCCAACUACCAGCUCUCUAUCAUUAUCAUCAACCCCUUCUCAGCGGACUGAGCUGUACAGAGAUGCGUCAUUCAGGAAAAUCUCCUAGUUUCAGUGUAAACUGGACAGCAAGUGACAGUGACCUUGAAGUCAUUAAUGCUACAACAGGAAAAAGAGAGUGCGGUGCACCUUCCAGACUCUGCAAACAUAUAUUGUGUCUUCGCUGGGCAAAGCUUUACAAUAAGCUGAGUACACGGUUUUCAAGCCGUGGAGAUACACCAUCAAUGUACUGUGAGGCAAAGCUAUUUGCACAUACAUAUCAAUCCGUGAAGCAGCAACUAUCUAAGGCAUUGCAAAAAUCUGGCCUAGGUACCUGGAUAAAGAAGCCUCAAGAACAGAAUCAGUUCCUAAUAACUCUGUAGAAUUUACUUUGCCCUGUACGAUAAUAUGAUAAGUAGUCUUGGGAGUGGGAAAGAUGGAACAGUUGUACAGCAGGGAGUAUUACUCCAAACCCCACACUCAGGAUGACUGCCAUUAGACAACAUGCGAUGAAGGCAUUACAGCUGAAUUCACAAUGCAAUGUUGUCGCAUUAAUGCACUGAACUGCUGAACUGUUGUGUUGAUGAAUGAUUCAAAGCCAGCUACCUUCUGCAUUCAGCAAAACCUCAGCUGUGAACCCAAGAAAGAACUGAGCUAUGACCAUGCAAGAUUUCUGGGACUGUACAAGGCUAGUCAUGUACACCGUGUGGAAGUAUAUGUGGCUAUCAUCUGCAUUUGUCCAGAAUGACAACAGCACGACAAGGAGAAUGAACAUUCGGUUAGCAUCUGGGUUAGGUUGCAAGCACACAGCAAAGCAAAUACUAGGAAAUAAUGGUGGAAAUGAAGCCCCAUGUGGAUGUUUUUAAGAAUGAAAUAAAAUCUUUUCAUUCUUCAGGCAUGAACUGUGAAACAAGUAUGAGCUGAUUCCUAACGAUGAUCCCAAUGAAAUAAUAAUUAGUUACCCAUUGUACUUUUGGUGUACAGAUUAGCCCUUUUGUUUUGUUGUAAGAUAAGUGUAUCAAACUCUUGUGCGAAGCCAUUACUGAUCAUUUCAUUGUAUCUACAACUACAAGUGUCACAUGUCCACUUAAAUGUUUUAGCUACAUGAUUUCUUUAAUUCAUGUACGUUGUUGUUAAACAACAAACAGUUUAUUUAACACAAAGGAUGCAAGAGAUGAGGUCUUCAGAUAUUUUGGAUUGUUGUGAGUUCAAAGUGUGCCAGAUACAUUGUCAUGGGUCCUAUUUCAUUUUUCCAGCAUGAAGUAUAUAUUCUUUGUUCUGAGCAAAGAGUCAGAAGGUAGAUUCAUGUUUUCUUUGUUAGCUUGCAAGAAUUUCAGGUAUCAUUAUAGGACCUUUAUGUUAUGUGUGUUAUGACUGACUAGAUUAACUCCUGCAACAACACCAUUCUAAUGAAUCUGAGUGCUUUAAAACAGCCACAUAUUGCAGUGAUUGGCUCAGUCUGGGUGGUCUGAAGGCCAGUCAGGAAAAGGAGAAUGAAGCAUUUGUUGAUCACUAGUUUUCAAGAAGACUGGGGCCUGUAUCAGUUGUACUAAUGUUAGCUUGUUACACCUGUAACCUAAUGGGGAAGAAAAUAUUAUUAAGGCUGGCUUUUUGUAGGAAGCUCUUCAAAGGCUGAACUCCCUAGUCAGUGGGUGGCAGUGGUAGGCUGGGCAAAGAUGUUUGUUAAUUUUAACGAAAUGUCUGACUGUAUCAUUAAUGGACAGAAAGGCACUGACUGAGAAUAUGGGUGAAUUCAAAAGUUUUCUUGCAGGACAACAAUGCGGUUUUCCCCAUAGCACAAUGCAGACUGUGGAAUCACAGGUCAGAGUUUCAUAGCAGGGUACUGUGCCAGGCUCCCCUAAAUGCCAGUUUCAUUCCAGUAGAACACGUAUUUUUUCAUUCUGUUAUGGCUUUAGCUACUUCAGUAAUACUUUGGUACUUCUCAUGUUGUAAAAUAGAAGCAGUGUAAACUGCUUUCCCUGAAUUGUCUAUGCUGAACAAUGUAGGGUUGGUUUAACUUGGUGUACCCAGGACACUUAUAGUGCAAUUUCACUAAAUUGCAUUUUCUGAAUGCAGUUUCAGACUCAACGAAUGUCAGAAACUAAAGUCAGAAAAUAUUAUUUGUUUAUUUAUUUUUUUUUUUGUGAGAGGAGAGAAAGACCCUGUAAAUGUACAUUCAGGGAGAUUUUUCCCCCUCUGCCCCCCCCCCCCCCCACUAACUACGAGGUUACUUCUCGUUGUGGGAAAGGGAAUGCCCUCAAUACUGCAGCAUCCUGAAAAGCAUCAGUUAAGUGUCCCUAUCAAUAAAUUAUACCUUAGAAAUAACACUGUCACUGAAAUGAAUGACCACACACAAAAUAAACAUCUAAUCACAUAUGAGAAGUUUGUCUCCAUCCCCAGCAGGGAUAUGCAUGAGGAACAUUGAUAUCAUGUCAUAAAGUUUCCCAUGAGAAGACACAUAUAAUCUUUUCUAUGCAAAGUUGUUUUCCAGUGAAUUCUAGUGUACUAGAAGGUAAAAGCAAAUGCUCUUUUAAGUUGGUUUUGUAGUACUUCUGGUAGCCAACAUUCUAAUUCAGCACUGUAGAGAUGCAGUGGCUGGUAGGAAACAAAAAUUGAUCAUUUUCAGCAUAACACUACAGAAAUUUAUUUUCUAAACUGGGUAAAGCAUAGUUAUUUUAUUACCUGUAACCUGUUUCAUUAACAGGUCUGUGAGGUUAGCCUAAUAAACAGUCUGAGGUGAGCUGACAUCUGAAGACAGAACCAGCACAGUAAAACAAUGUGGAUUAUGGGUACACUCCUGCAAAUAAAACACAAUAAGCACUUCUGAAGCUUUUUAACAUUUGUUAUUUAUGAACUGAACUCUGUGGGAUUUGUGGGUAUGAUAUAUACAGUACAUUUGUAUUGUCAUAUGUCCUCAUUUUAUUAAUGAAAUUUUCUCAUUUGUGUUCUGUAAUUAUUUAGACUCAUUUUCUUCACUGUAUUCUUUUCAUUUUAAUAACAUACUACAAGACAUUCCCUCCUAAAUCUAUUAUGUUUAAUCCUUUCUAGGAACAUGUCAGUUUACUAGCACUAGUUAUAUUUUAGAGAGUGUAUAAAUGUCCAGAGAGCCAUAUGUAUAUUAGAAAUUGCUAAUAUGUAUAAGACAGACUAAGCCAGUAAAAACAGGUAUUUUACUAAAAUGUUACUGCUUUCUUACAUUACCAUGCAGGAUUUUACUUUGGUGUACCACAUUUCCUUUUUAGACAUUAAUUAUAAAUACAUAUUAUAAAUAAAAUGGGAAUCUGUUCCCUCUUGUGUGGGAGAGAAAUCUCAAAUACUUUUUUAUUGGAAUGACUGACCACAGAAAAAAAUACUAACUGUAUUUAGUUUCUAUAUAUUUUUAUUACAUACAAUCCAUCUAAUAUGAAACUGUAUGUAACCUAAAGGAAGGUAUGUUAGGUAGAAUUUGUUCACAAGAUCGCUUCCUAUUUCUUCUCCUUAACUUUUAAAGAGUAAUAAACUUUUACUAUCUUAGAAAAUAUGUAGUCUUUAUGAGCAAGUUGCAUCUUUAGGGAAAGUAGGAUGCUGGAUGUGUACAUGUGAACACAAGUGUAUUGCCUUUAGUUUAUGAAGGUAUAAAAUAAUGUCAUUUUUUAAUAGAUGAGUUUUGCACAUGAUGUUACCAUUCUGCUACGUGUAGCUGCCAUGCCCAUGUCAGAUAUAUAUAUAUUUUAGGAAUAAAAGCCCCUACUGAUAUGUUAGCAGGUUAGUAAUUUCUGUAUCAAGAGAAAAGUGCAAAAAUAUAUAGAAAUGUAAAUAAAAGCAUGACCGAAUGGCAAUACUGUAUCAAUGGAUGUACAUUUGUAAUAUUUGUAAAAAAAUAUGAAUUUACAUAUGUGAAUUUGCUGCUAAGUUCUGUAAAUUGCACUUCAGUGAUACCUGAUAAGUGAAUGUUUAUGUUUAAGUGAAUUAAAUAUAAGCAGAUA